AUGCUUUCCCGGGCCAGUCGAGUCGCCGUCCGGGCCACCAUCCGGGCUGGCGCUCGGAGGGCAUCGCCUCGCACCGCCGCACGCUUCGUCCCUGCGCUCGCGAGCAGGACCCAAUUGGCCGCCUACUCGUCCAAGGAGAACAACUCCAAGUUCAUCCGCACCGCCGUCAUCCAGGUCCUCAACAGCAUCGGCUCCAAGCGCGAGGUCCAGCAGUACCUCUCCCACUUCUCCUCCGUCUCGUCCCAGAAGUUCGCCGUCAUCAAGGUCGGCGGCGCCAUCCUGACCGAGCACCUGGACGAGUUCUGCAGCAACUUGGCCUUCCUCUACCAUGUCGGCCUGUUCCCCAUCAUCGUCCACGGCGCUGGGCCCCAGCUCAACAAGCUCCUCGAGGAGGCGGGCGUUGAGCCCCAGUUCGAGGAGGGCAUCCGUAUCACCGACGGCAAGACCCUCGGCGUUGCCCGCAAGCUGUUCCUCCAGGAGAACCUGAAGCUCGUCCAGCGCUUGGAGGCCAUGGGCGUUCGCGCCCGUCCCAUCACCUCGAGCGUCUUCACCGCUGAUUACCUCGACAAGGACAAGUGGAAGUUCGUGGGCAAGAUCACGGACGUCAACAAGGAGCCCAUCGAGAGCGCCAUUGCCAAUGGAUACUUGCCUAUCCUUACCUCCAUGGCCGAGACCCCCGAGGGCCAGGUCCUCAACGUCAACGCCGACGUGGCCGCCAGUGAGCUCGCCCACGCCGUCGAGCCCCUGAAGGUUGUCUACCUGAGCGAGAAGGGCGGCCUGUUCGACGGCGAUGGCCAGAAGAUCUCGGCUAUCAACCUCGACCAGGAGUUCGACUCCAUCAUGUCACAGAGCUGGUGCAAGUUCGGCACCCGCUUAAAGAUCAAGGAGAUCAAGGAGCUCCUGGACGGGCUCCCCCGAACCUCCAGCGUCGCCAUCAUCCACCCGGCCGAGCUUCAGAAGGAGCUGUUCACCGACUCGGGAGCCGGCACCCUUAUCCGCCGUGGUGCCAAGCUCAUGACCGCUACUAGUGUUGACGAGUUCACGGAUCUGCAGCAGCUGAAGGAGGUCCUCGUGCGCGACCGUGAUGUGACGGAUGCAAGGGCCACCGUCGAUCGCUACGUGGACUUCUUGAAGCAACGGGAGUUCAAGGCCUUCUUCGAUGAGGACAUGAAGGCCCUCGCCGUGGUCUUGCAGCCCGAUCAGAAGAAGGCCUACUCGACCUUGGCAACCUUGACCAUUACCAAGUCUGGCUGGUUGAGCAAUGUCGCCGACAACAUUUUUGCCGCCAUCAAGAACGAGUACCCGAGCCUUGUCUGGACCGUCAAAUCGGACGACGAGAACCUCACCUGGUUCUUCGAGAAGGCAGACGGCAGUCUGAUCCGAGGCAACGACGUACUGUUCUGGUACGGAAUUGAGGAGGGUCAGGACCUCACCGAGCUCAUGAAGGAAUUCACCACCCACGGCCGUUCCAUGCUCGGCGAGUCCAACUUGGAGUCGAGACUGCACCGAGCUGCCCAGAUCGCCUCGCAAAACCUCAAGACCCAUGCUGCUUCCGGAUCGGUCGCAAACCAGGCACGUGGCUACUCUACGCUUGCCCGCCGACCUGUGCUGGGAACUGCCCGUGGCUUUGCCAAGGGCCUGUCGAGGGGGUUUGCUACCACUACCAACCCCAACCCUCCCUACGGAAAGAAGCAUGCUUCCAACGAGGUCCCCUCGAGGGUGGCCUUGAUUGGUGCCCGUGGCUACACCGGCCAGGCUCUGAUCUCCCUCCUCAACACCCACCCCAACUUUGUCCUGAAGCACGUUUCUUCUCGUGAGCUCGCCGGACAGAAGCUCCAGGGCUACGACAAGAAGGAGGUCACCUACGAGAACUUGAGUGCCGAGGAAGUUGGCCAGAUGGAGGAGAGAGGCGACAUUGACGUCUGGGUCAUGGCCCUUCCCAACGGUGUUUGCAAGCCUUACGUCGAUGCGAUCGACCAAGCUCGCGCAAAGACGGGUGCCAGGGAUGACACCAGCGUGAUUGUGGAUCUGUCGGCGGACUACAGAUUCGACGACGGCUGGACCUACGGUCUUCCCGAGCUGGUCAAGCGCUCCAAGAUCGCCCAGGCCAACAGAAUCUCCAACCCCGGCUGCUAUGCGACUGGUGCUCAGCUGGGUAUCGCACCCCUGUUGGAGUUCCUCGGUGGCCAGCCCAGCAUCUUCGGUGUCUCUGGUUACUCGGGGGCCGGCACCAAGCCGUCGCCCAAGAACAACGUUGAGCUCCUCAGCGACAACUUGAUCGCCUACAGCUUGACGGAUCACAUCCACGAGCGGGAGGUCAGCACUCAGCUCAACACCCCCGUUUCCUUCUCGCCACACGUCGCCCAGUGGUUCCAGGGCAUCCACCACACCAUCCACAUCCCGCUCAACAAGACCAUGACGUCGCGAGAGAUCCGUCAGAUCUACCAGGACCGGUACGCCGGUGAGAAGCUGGUCAAGGUUAUUGGCGAGGCGCCCAUGGUCAAGUCGAUCAGCCAGAAGCACCACGUCGAGAUCGGUGGGUUCGCCGUCCACAGCUCAGGCAAGCGGGUCGUCGUCUGCGCGACCAUCGACAACCUGCUCAAGGGAGCAGCUACACAAUGCUUACAGAACAUGAACCUGGCACGCGGCUAUGCGGAGUUUGAGGGUAUCCCCCUGUCGGAGUAG